AUGAUAAUGAGCUAUUCUGAACCGGCCCAAGCAAACAAUGCUUUUGUAAUUAAUAACUUAAAUGGCACGAAAAUUGCCACCAGUAACAAUAAUAAUAAUGAAAUGAAUAAUUUUAACAAGCCAAAUAUAAUAUUGCCAACGUCAGUCACACCAGAAAUAGGACGUAAUCAUACUAUUCCCAGAUUAACUACAAUACUAUGGAAGGAUGAAAUCACAGUAUGUUAUCAAGUAAUAGCUAACGGUGUAGUAGUGCUUCGAAGAGCAGAUAACCAUAUGGUUAAUGGUACGAAACUGCUGAAUGUUACUGGAAUGACCAGAGGUAGACGAGAUAGAAUGUUGAGAUCAGAGAAAGAGAGACACGUUGUUAAAGUUGGGUUAAUGCAUUCAAAAGGUGUAUGGAUUCCACUAGAGCGGGCAAGGUAUUUAGCGGAAAAAACUAAUAUAUCGGAUUUUCUAUAUCCAUUACUUUCAGAUGAUCUACCGGAGAUUGUUAAGAUGCAUGAGUUAACUCAAAGAAAAAUGAUAAAUACAACACCGUCCUACACGACACCAUAUGCAUCCGACAACAGUCAUAAGGACAACAUAAUCCAACGUAUACAUACUACAGAGUAUGCAAGAGGACCGCAGUAUGAGUAUACUCAUCCAUAUACAUAUCCUCAGCCGCCCCAGCUAGAUCCUGGCGCGGCACAUUUGCAACACAUUAAUCCACAAUUGCAACAGCAACUACAGCAGCAGCAGCAGCAGCAACACGUUCUCCAACAAUAUCCACCGCAACUGCACCAGUUUUAUCCACAGCUAGACUAUCAACAAAGUCCGCAACCGACUGUAAUAUUCCACCAUUUAUCCCCAAACACCAUGAAUCAUGAUCAUAUCAAUGGCACACCUGCCCAUGGCCCUGGCCAUAUGAAUUACCCGAACGACCACAAUAGAUAA